CUAAUCACGAAGAAGAAGAAGAAGCACAGUAAUGAUCAGCUGUAAUAAAGCAAUAUAAAAAUGUAUUAGACAUAGUACAUGGCCUCUCUAAAUUCCUGACAUUAAAUAAAUAAUAACGAUAUAUAAUAGUUUUAAUAAUACAUAUUACAACACAAAUAAAUUGUGUAGAAAACACUGCACACAUAAUGGUGAUUCCUAACAUGAUGAGUGAAAAUUUAUUUAAACUGCAAUGUUUAAUUAAAACCACUGAGAUACAACAUAGCAUACAGUGCAAACUUGGGAAAAAAUUAUUUCUUGCAUUGACUACGAACAAUGCUGAAAUUAUUCUUUAUUUCAAAAGAGAACCCUCUUGUUUACCUGUUAUUAAAAGAAUACCUUGGUUUCAAGGAUCGCAUAAACAAAUUGCUACAUUUUGCUUUGAUCCAAGUGGUGUUUGGUUAUUAUGCAUAACCUUGGAUGGUUCAUUGUACAUACUGCCUGCUUUAACUCUAGUCGGUGAAAAUUAUGUUAUUGAUAAAAGAUGGAAGGUGGAUGAUGUGACAUAUAUUCCUUUUGUAAAUCUUCAGCUCUCUCAUUUUAGGCCAACUGCCAUUACAUGGUGGAAAGAUGUGAAAAUGUCUAUUGAUAUUGGCAUUAUAGGAACUGAAUGUGGAGCAAUUAUAUUUAUUAAUCUUUUAAAUGGGCAACAAAUGGGUACCACAUAUGUUACUGGAAGUAUAAGCAGUCUAUAUAUUUGUCAAAAUGAAACCAAUGAGGCUGCAUUUCUUUUGAUAACUAGUAAAUUUCAACAACAAUGGCGUUUAUCUUUGGAACAACACAUGUAUAAUCUUUUACACAACUUUGAAAACAAAGAACAUCAAAGUGGUGUAAAUUCGAAUAGCAAUAUUUGUGAUAACACGGAAGAAUCUGUUCGUAAUAAGUCUAAACUGCAAGAACUUAAACAGCUUUCUGUCGAGAAACUAGCUAUUUUCAAACAGAAGUUAAUCGAUACUAAAAAUCAAACAUUGGGAGAAAGUUCACAAUGCCAUGAUGCUUCAAAUAAAAAAGAAAAUCACAAUGGAUUUACUGUUAAUUCAGAAAUAUCAUCAGAAUCCAAGUUAGGUUUUAUCAGCCCAGAACCAGUAUCAAAAGAUACUUUCCUAGCUUCACAAUAUGACAGAGAAGGCCGGCAAUUAUAUACAUGCUAUCAUCCUGACACUCAUCAUGUCACAGUGCACGGUCCAAAUUUGGCUGUAGUACCAUUAUCGAUGCACAAAGUAUUUGAAUCGUGUGAGACUGUUUUACUGGCGCACAGAUUCUUUUUCAUUACCGAUAUUAAUCAAUAUGUGAUAUAUAUAAUAUCUGAUCAAUUGUCCGAGACUCAUAUAAAUAAAGACUGCAGAUUCAAUUCUGAAUCUAUUAUCGGAACUUUUUCGUUUAAGAGCAGUAAGGAAGUGAUACGUGCGGUUUACAAAGUAACAAAUUUUGAUGUGAUACAAAGAAAAGUCUCUCAAGAGAUAGAGAAUAAAUAUACUUUACCAAAGAAUAUAAAAGAUAUUAAGAUUGAAGUACCUAAUUUAGAUACAUGUAUAAUUGUUACAAAUCGCUGCGUUUACGAAGUUAUUCUAAGAAAAUCACUUUUUACGAUUUUUAUGGAAUUGGUAUUGAAGAAAAAUGAGCUGCAAAAAGCAGGAAAAUUGGCAAUGAUUUUUGGACUGAAUGGACAACAAUUAUUGGAAUAUGCUGGCGAUAUAUUUCUAUCAAAUAAAGAAUUUCCACGUGCAGUAGCUGCUUAUAAAAUAUCUAGGUGUAAACUAUUGAAGAGUGUGUUAAAGUUUGCAUCAAUUGGUCAUACCUCUGAAUUAUUAAGUUGCCUUACUCACUGCUUACUAACACCUGUCAUCACUGAGAUGCCCACUGCAACAAGAAUACAUUUAUCUAAUUUAUGUAUACUUGCCUUUAUUGAAAUGACAUUGAGAGUUUGGUCGGAACAAUCAAAAGCAAUUUACAAAGAAUUCUUAUAUUUUUUAUCCACAAAUAUGUUUUACGACGAAUUAUUAGCUAUUAAUAUAGCUGGUCAAACUUAUCUCUGGGAAGUAUUACAUCAUUUAGCUACACAGAAAAGUCUGUAUGGUCAAAUGUUGGAUAUCCUCAUGAAGACAGUUCAAAUGUUUGGCACAAAUGAUGUUCGCCCAAAAUCAUAUGGUUUACUUAUAUGUUUAAGCGAAUCUGAUUUAAUGCAAGCAAUGUUAUUGAACCAUGAUUUAGCUAGAGCCCAUAUGUUAUUUGUACGUAGUAAUCUACGAGAAUCUCAAAUUUUUGUGCUUCAGAGAUUAGUGACAUUGUACAAUCCAACAAAUCCAGUAUUACGACCUAAACUGCUACAGUAUAUAGCACGUCAUAAAGCAUCAUACAAUUUACGAUCUAGUCAAUGUGAUUUUACAGAUGUUAUAGAUAAUAUUGGUCAGUUUGAUACACUUAUGGAGGAUAUAGUAGAAACGUUUAUAUUAAUUUUAUUGACUCUUAUAUAUAAGAAACAGUUAUUAAAUUCGAACUACAAAUCUAUGCUUUUGUACGAUGUGCAAUUGCCAGAAUUGAGCAAGCAGGAAUACUUGGAAAUGGCAUUGCACGUUGAUUUUAAAAGAAGAUCGUUGAGCGCUGGAUUUUCCCACGUUGCUCUUAUUAGAAACGGUAAUGUCUAUACUUGGGGAAGCUCGGUGCAAGGUUGUUUAGGAACUGGCUCUAGCGUUUUACGAUACGGAGCGCCUCACGCCAUAUGUUUCUUCCGAAGCAUGGAGAUCGAGGUUUUCAGCGUAUCGUGCGGACAUUGUCACACUCUGGCAGUCACCAACAACGGCAUCUACGCCUGGGGCUCAAGUCAAUUUGGGCAGCUAGGUCUCGGUAAGGUGCUCCAGUGUUCGAGUCCAGAGUUAAUCAUCUCACUGGCGCAGGAGAUAAUCGUGGACGCCAUAGCCGGACAAUAUCACUCUGUGGCGCUUACCGCGGAUGGCAGAGUCUUCACGUGGGGCUGGGGCGUUCACGGUCAACUGGGCCACGAUAGCACCGAGGAAAGGAUCACGCCGUCUUUGGUUACGGCUCUGCUCGGCGUAGUUGUACGCUGCAUCAGCGCCGGAUAUGCGCACACCCUAGCACUGUCCGUAGACGGUAUUAUAUACGCCUUCGGAUCUAAUGUCCUCGGUCAAUUGGGAAUUGGUAGUAACACUAAGAGUUCCGUGCCGACAAAAGUAUUGUUGCCGGAUAGAAUAACGCUUAUAAGCACCGGAUACUUUCAUAACCUAGCUGUCAGUAACACGAAUAAAUUAUACGUAUGGGGCGCGAGUCCUCAGGUUCUCAGAUUGCAAGCGCAAGCACAAAAGAAGAUUCGAAUACUUGAGCAACAAGAUGAAAGAAAAAAUAAAAGUUUGGAGAGCUCGGAGAGAGUGCCAAGCGGCGUUAUGAACGAAGAAAUGAAAGAACUUUUGGAGGAUAAUGUGCAAAAUGCGGAAACGAUCGCUUCUAACGUAGAAACGCGAAAGAGAUCAUCUGAAAGCAUAGAUUUGAGAAAUAAUGAUUUGAUCGAUGAGAGCCAAGCGCAUAUGAAACCGUCUGAAGUCGAUACAAGUUUGAUAAAAGGACAAAUUACUCAGAUAUCAGCCGGUUGUCAUCAUAAUGCAUUGAUAACGAAGGAUGGCUCCUUGUACACGUGGGGUCGUAAUCUGGAUGGUCAACUAGGUAACGGUACAAGGAAAGAGGAACCGAUUCCGACGCCUUUGUAUUAUAAUCCGGCAUGCAUUUUCGCGCAAGUACCACCUAGACAUAGCGAUUUUAAAAGAACGCAGAAUCAACGAGAUUCGGACAAUGAUGCUAAAUCGAACAAUUCAUUAACAAAUAAUGGGAACGCAUCUGAGAAGAAUGGAAAUAUUAUUGGUGCAUCAAAAUCGGAAGAUAUCAGUCACAAUAGCAAAGAGAGAAUCAAUCCUGUGAUUAAUACAGUUGGGAUCGCCUGCGGUUACGAUUACACGAUUGCGAUACAACCAGGAGGUACAGUAUUAGCCUGGGGCAACAACAGCAGGGCACAGUUGGGUCGCAUUCCCGCGAGAGAGACGCGCGAUACCGACGACAAACUCGUCUUGCUGAAAUCGUCGAAGCGAGUGGUGCGACUCCCCAACGCAUUACACGUAGCUCUGGACGUUCCUAGUCAAGUGCCCGGUAUUUCUACCCCGGUGAUAUCUUAUCAGUCCAACGACGCGUCCUGUUUCGCCGGACUCGUCCGUCCUCUGAGCGUCAUCGAAAAAACACCCGGGGAAUUGACGCUUCAUUACGUCCUGGAACAUUUCUAUGGUUUAUAUCAGUCCGCCGGUAUCAUGGAAAAAUGCAUCGAAUUGGAAAAUUAUCAAGCUUGUUCUAAGAUAGCGGAAUUAGAAGGUGAUAUUCUGACCGCUUUUACAUAUCAAUUGAAGACGUUACACAAAUUAAGUAUUCGUUCGUCUCUAAGUCAUUCAAUGUCAGAAACAAUUUCGCGUGAAUCCACGGCAAAGAUCAUCUCGCAAAAUGUAGAGGAUACCACGUCCUGUCGAAGUAUCAAGAAAAAUACUGAGUUGUUUAAUAGACAAGCAGAGAAAAAUCUCAUGGAAUCCCUGGAGAACAGCGUUGCACGAAGCUGGACGAAGAUUUCCACGAGUAGAUCGUUGAAUAAUUUGCAAGCGAUCGCGCAAGAAUUGUACACCUUCGAUUGCCAGGGUGGUUUGGAAGAAUUAUGUAUUACUCGAAAGAAAAAGGAAGAGUUACCCGAGAAUGUGGACCAAAUCCCUGACGUCGAAUCUAACCCGAACAAGGACGAGCAACGCGAAUGGAUCGAAAAUCUGAUCUUUGAUGAGAACGAUUCGCUAUCGCAGCAUAAAAAUGUCGCUCCUAACAAUAACGCGCAAAAUUUUACUCGAUCGAUCUGCGCGAAAACGAUGAUGAACAAUGUUAAUAAUGACAGUCAGAUGAAUCAGUACAACGCGUCUAAAGAAAACGUCGCGUUUCCUGACAAAGUGUCCUCGCGCUCUCAGAGGAAUUACAUCAUCAACGAGACUAUAAAAGCACUAAAGUUUUACUUGAACAGGAUCAGUAACGAGGCCAACACCUUGAAAUGCGAAGUAUUACGAAGUGCAAUUCGCUUUUGGAUCGAGCAUGAUUUACCGAUGCAAAGUUUGGAGAACGUUUUUCUCGAACAUAUAUGUAUCAUCUAUUAUCCACUUGGAUUAUUAUUGUUUUGUCAAGAUGCGAUAGGAAAAUAUCUGGAUACAGAUAAAGGAGACAAGAAUGAUUGGCGCAUGAACGACUUAUUCUCGCUCAAAUUUUGUCUUCAAGUAUUAUCGAUGUUGAUGCAACAUAUAGAUGAAGACGAUAUGAUGCCCGAAUACAUCAAAAUCUUCUCCUGUCUAAUGGCCGACAAUUAUGGGGCUCCGUUAAAUGGAUAUCCAGGUUCGAGUAAAAACAAUAGCUCGCAACAAAUGAUGGAAGGAAUUGUUAGUACGGUAUUCUCCGAAAUGGAAGACUCCAAACUGUUUGCGCACAUCAAGGACUCGAAUGCUGUGGAUCGGUUGCUUACGGCAGAAGAAGAUAAUAUAGUGUUUACUUGUGGACACCACUUUCCAAUCUCUAUGUACGAAACGGACAUUAUUCCAACGAUGGAAACUGAAUUAAUAACAUCUCCAUCGUUAGUUCUUCCGUGCACAUCGCAAUAUUUAGGUAACAUGUUAUCUCGCAAUCUAUCCAAACCAGAAGUCUUGUGCCCGUUGUGUAUAGUGGGAGCAUUGAGAGUGACGGUGGAAAAAAGUUACGAAUGAAAGUAUCUUUAUAUAUAACAUAUGGGUGAAAAACUCGGGAGAGUAUUUAUUCUUAGCGUUCUGAAAACAUAUGAGCAAGUUCCGCAGAAUAUAGAGUAUAAUUUUUUUCUUUACACGUGCAACUCUCUUAGUAAGAACAGUUAUGUUUGCUAUAAUUUGUAUUGUUCUAUGAUUCUCGAACAUAUCCAAUUUUCACAAAUAAACAGCGUGUAUAAAA